AUGGCUCCCCAAGAUGAGAACCCGACCGUUGAGGUCAACAAGGAAGAAAUCCGUCGCGCUGGCGACUUGAUCGUCAUGCGCCUGAUGGAGGUCCAAUCCUACAUCGCCGACCUGGGUAAAGCCUAUGUCCAGCACGUGAAGAGCAUCACCGAGAACGGUGACGCGACUCUGGAACUCCCCGCGGGUCCCUCCGGCUUCAUGGGCAACGACUUUGCGCGCGCUGGUAGCCCCGCCCGGUCUGAGGCCGGCGGUCCCAAGAAGCGCAAGCGCGCUCCCGCCGACCCCAACAUGCCCAAGCGCGCCCUGACCCCCUACUUCCUGUAUAUGAAGCACAACCGCAGCAAGAUCGCAGCAGACCUGGGCAAGGAUGUCCGACCCAAGGAGGUCGCCGAUGAGGGAACCCGCCGCUGGCAGGCGAUGGACGCCGCCGAGCGCGAGCACUGGAAGUCCAUGUAUACCGAGAACUACAACAAGUACAAGGCCGAUGUCGCCGCCUACAAGGCAGGCGCCAAGGUCAACACCGGCGAGGAGCACGAGCAUGACGAAGAGCACGAUCACGAUGAUCCUGCCGCCAGCCAGCUCCAGCAAGACUUUGCCGGUGUCGAGACCAAGGAGGAAGAGACUGAUGCCUCUAGCUCCUCGGAUGAGGAAUCCCCCUCCCCUGCCCCUGCCCCGGCUCCUUCCCCACCCAAGGAGAAGACUCCUCCCCGUAGCAGCGCCAAGAAGACCCGCAAGGCCAAGGAGGUUGAGACCCCGGCCAAGUCGCCUGUGAAGCGCGGUCGCAAGGCUGCCGUCUCGGAGCCUGAGCCUACGCCCGCGAAGACCCCUGUGGAGAGCAAGCGCAGAUCUAAGAAGCGCAAGAGUGAGGUGUAA